UGCAAAAUGGUUAUUUAUAUAAUAGCAUGAUACAUAAUAGCACAUAACUUCGACACCAAAGAAAGCCUGCAUGACAAAAAUGUCCGAAUUAAAGAACCAAACAUUGAAACAACUUUUAAAAUUCAAUGGCAAAGCCAAAGGCACAGACUACACAUCGUUAUUAAGUUACAAGUUAGGUUUAGGCCAAUAAUAGGUGUAUUAUUAAUAUUCCAUAAUGGCUUGUCUGAUCUUUAUAAUACUUUGACAAGUCUAUUUAUGUAAUAUGUAUAAAUAUAAAUAAAACGGGUCAAACAAAAUGAACACUCAAGUCAGUGGUAUCAGGUCGUUUCGUACCCAAAAGCAUACCAGUUCGUACCUAAAGGCAUACCAGUUCGUAACCAGAGGAACAUCGGCAUACCAGUUCGUCACCACAUUUGUACAUGUUAUUUAAUGCGAUUAGAAAUUGUCACGAAGAAUCAUGUCAAGCGAAGUCAGCUUAUUUGUUGAUAUAUUUCAAACACAUUACUUUCUACGUCCGUUCGGACUAAGCAAAAAGCAGAUUGGACGUGUUGCGACAGAUACUAAAUAUGUGUUCAAGCAAAUGGAUAAAUUAAAACAAAAAGUUGUAUUCUUCUAUCAAAAAUGUAUUAUAUCGGACAAUGUAGUCAUUAUUAGACCUAAAAAAAAGUCCACAUUCCAAAAACAUGGGAUAUCAGAUCUUAUUAUAUUUUUGUUAUAUGUGCGUGUGCGCACGUAAGUACGUGUGCGUGUAUGAAUGUUUUUGUUUUGAGCAUAUAUACGUAUGAAGAGAGGAUCGGUCUUGCGAAAUAUUCCGAUCGAUAUCUAGGAACGGUUAUGCAUAAAAAUAAACACCAUCGCUGCAUGUGGAAUCGACACCAAAUUACAAGACGAAAGAAUUGCUCUUUGGCUACGAAAAGGUGAUGAAAACCACUAUGGUUUCCUGAUGUGUAUUUAGCCUGUCCAAGCCAUCAUCUGAUUUGCUCUUGGCAAACAAAAACUAGUGGUGGUGACGCAAACCAUGUCAGGUGAAAUCUUUCAACCAAUGGAAACUCUCGAAGAUUUGGACCUGUCAAAGAGAAACCCGCUGCUGUGUUACCUGUGCAAUGAGCAGUACGAUGACCCGUGUAUCUUGGGAUGUUUCCAUAGUUACUGUUCACGAUGUCUUCGCGGAAGGGCAUCCGAUGGCAAAAUGGCUUGCCCUUUAUGCAGCUCAAUGACUGUGCUCAAAGAAGGACUCUCACUGCCACCUAGCGACAGAUUACUCAAGUUCAUGGUUGAGUCGUCACUGGAUGAAAAAGCUCAGUGUGCCAACUGUGAUAGAGACUGUGGUCACAUGUUUUUUUGUAACACAUGUUCUCAACCACUCUGCCUCACCUGCCGAGAUGAAACUCACAGUGCGAAGAUGUUCGCAGCUCACGAUGUCGUUCUCCUGUCGAAACGAACCAAAGACAUUCACAAGCAGUGCUCCCUUCAUGGUGAACCAUACAUCAUGUUUUCAGCAGAAAAGAAAAUCAUGCUAUGCAUAAACUGUUUCCGUGACAUGAGAAUUGAAAGUCGAGCGCAUUGCGUGGAUCUGGAGACUGCAUAUAACCAGAGCUGUAGAAAACUUGAACAGAGUGUGCAGACAAUCCGUGACCUACAGAACUCGACUCGUGAAGGGAUCUUGUUACUGAAAGCUCUGCUUGACGAAAUUCAUGUUAAUUCUGAGAAGGAAAGGGAGGCCAUUCUGCAGCUGUAUGAUUCCAUGCAGGAGAAGAUAACUGAGUGUAAACAAAGUUUACUGGAGGAAGUUGACAACCAGUACAAGGCUAAACAGUCGCUGUUUAAAGCCCAGCUGACCGACCUGAUGUCUCUCCUACCCACAAUCCAUGUUCAUCUUGUCACGGCAGCCGCCUUUUCAAGCUCGGCCAACAAGUUUGAGUUCCUCGACAUGUCAUACGCCAUGAUGGAGCGGCUGAAGUCAAUAGUACAUCGGCAGCACCCACUGCACCCGUUUCACAGCAGUCAGAUUAAUACGGACUUCAAAGGGCAGUUUGCAAAGAGCUUGGAUCAGCUGUUGUUUCAUGGGCGACUGAGUGCUGCGAUUUCAUCAAACUCUUCCAUGCAGCGGAAUGGAAAUGGUGUCACUCCUCCCCCAUCAAUAAGUCGAUUGGAUCUCUCGAAGUCUGGGAAUCCAGGUUUUAAGAUGAGCCCCAACAACUCUAGACGAGCUAGUGGAAGUGCUACGAAAAUCAAGUUUAUUGACGCUAAAGGGGUCUUUGCGGAACAUUGUGUGGAGUUUGAAACUUCUCAUAGAGAGAUGCUGCAGAGAUUGGAGAAGCUGAAGUCUGACGUUCAAGAACUUCAGCGCGACUUGACGCUGCGUCGCUGCUUGACGCGCAAGUCUGCUAUUCCCAACCUGAAGGAGUUGAUAUCCACCAUUGAACAACAGCUUGAAGUCCAUCGAGACACCAUUGAACAAAAACAACCCGCUUUAGAAAAGCACUGGGAAGAAAGUGUACAACGAAUGACUAAUGAAAAUGAGCUUUAUCAAGCUCAAAUUAACGAUGUUCAUCGCCUGCAGCAGGAAACUCAACAUCUGAAGCUGAUCGCGUCACAGCUGUCUUCAUUUGUCGACACCAUUUCCUUAGUUACCGAGAGACUCGCACCAAAAGUGGGUCAGAUCGCCGGUAACAUGGAACAUGACAAUCAAAUGCAGUCCCUCAUGGAGGAGAUAAACGCGGUACAACCCGACUCUCAACAGAGGGUUGAUGCUAUUCAGACUGUUGAAGUUGUCCGGGAAGAAAAAUCGGCCAAUCGUAAAAACCCUCUUGAUGAGGAACUAAUCAAAACAAAAGGACUGUUAAAAGCGACACCUGUGCGUAAAGAUGGCAGCCUAUUAUCAAAGCAAGACAACUCUGUUGAAUCGCAACCCAAGGCGACAGACGAGUUACAAAACAAAGACGAUUCAUUUCAUUGUUCCAAGGGAGACAAUCCCUCGGUUAACGACUCUGAACCAUCUGCUAAACGAAACUCUUUUACUUCAGCCAUAAUCAGCACAGAACUUGCCAAACAAGAAAAUACUUCAGUGCCUUUAUUAGACACAGACAAAACUGGUGGUAUUUUGGAGAACUUACCUCCACCAUCAAAUUCCAUAUUGAAAUUAUCAAACAAUGAAGGUGGUGAUAUGUCACGGAAAACCGACAUGGAAGAAUCGUCGUCUAAACAGGAGGAAGAGAACCUUGGUGUACAGAACAGUGGACACACGAUACCGAAGACAAAAACUGAUUGUAUCCAGGUUACUAAGAAAGGGAAGUUGGUAUGUCUUUCAGGUAAAGAGAGUGACCGACAAACGAACAAAGACAGCGUUUUGGUGAUUAACGGGGCCUCAGGAGAUGAAAAUAGUGAAAUCUUCAUUUCUCCAGUCAUCAAAAAUGGGCUGGUGGUUUCGAAGAAAGACGGAGUGAAGAAUGGCGAUUGUUUGGAAUUGACGGAGUGCAGCGUGGAAGCAACAGUUGUUCUCAGUGUUAAGAGUUGAUGUUUUCAAAAUUGUUUUAUAGUCAGUGGAGUUGUUUAGAAAGUAGUGCAAAGCAUGUUAGGUGCAUUUCAUUAAAGCAAUUUUCUACUAAGUAAUCUGCAUACAGUCAACAGUGAUCAAGAAUAACGUUUGAUGUCGCUAAUAUGUCAUUUAUCUGCAUUUCACUACAUUUUAACAUAGCUAUCAGUGUUCGAGAUUACAAAUUUUGAGCAGUAUCCCAUUUGGAUACUAACAUUUCAAAAUCUGGUAUCCCACCUGAGAAUUUAGUAUUCCACUUAAAUGAAAUUCAUAAAUAACAUCGUACCAAACUUUGACAACACUUAUUACUUAAUUUCACCAGUAAAUGACGACUUUCAUUGUUUCAGCGAAAAAUAAAAACGCAGGAUUAAAAAAAUCAACAACAUAAUAUGGUAUCCCGGUGGGAUACUGGGGUAUUGAAGUGUGGUAUCCAAAAUUAAAUUCUGGUAUCCCUGGGAUAUCGGGAUACCGUUAAUCUCGAACACUGGCUAUUGUAAACUGAUGGCGAGUGAUCUGAUCUGUAUUUUGAUUGGGAUCAAAUGAAAAUAACAUGAAAAUAACACCCAAAAAGCUAAUGACAUCAUUAGAAAGUGACGUCAUUAGCAAUUGGAACAGGCCAAAUUGACAGUUCAAGGGUCUACAGUUAGAUUGU